AUGGAAUCCGCGCUACCUCCAGCCUCCGACCUCUCGCCCUCGAUCGUCUCCUUCCUCAACGACAAGUUCCGGACCAAUGCAAAUUUGAACGGGGCUCCGACUCUCCUGUCGGAGCUCCAAACCCAGUGCGGCGACUUGGAUCGAACCCUAAUCGACCUCAACCGGAGCCUCGGGUCCUCACUUCUAGCUUACGCUUCGUUCUCCGAUGGGGUCCACGGCGUCUUAGGCGAAAUCAAUGCCCAACUGACGGGUCUCGGAUCCUCCACUCGCUCUCGCAGUUCAGAUGGAGAAGGAAAGGAGAGAGCCGAGCAGAUUUUGGGGGAGGAGCUGCCGGCAUUGGCGAAGGAAGUGGCGAGGGUUGAGUCGGUUCGAACAUACGCAGAGACAGCAUUGAAGCUUCAAACUAUGAUUGGUGAUAUUGAAGAUGCAGUAUCGUCUACCAUGAAGAAAAACUCAUGGAAGCAUUCGUCGAAACAGAAUUCAGAAGAAAUGCGUCUGGUUGCUAUUAAAACACUUAAACUGAUAGAAGAUAUUUUAACUUCAGUUACAAAGACACACCCUCAAUGGGAACAUCUUGUGUCAGUAGUUGAUCACAGAGUAGAUCGAGCUCUGGCCAUUUUAAGACCCCAUGCUAUAGCAGAUCACCGGGCCCUCCUUACUUCCCUUGGAUGGCCACCGCCUCUUGCCAUUUUGACUUCCUCAACUCCAGAUACAGGGAGAUCAACUGAAGUUCUGAAUCCUCUUUUCACAAUGCAAGGAGACCUCAAAGACCAGUACUGUGAAAACUUUUUUGCCUUGUGCAGCUUACAGGAGUUGCAGAGACGAAGAAAAUCGCGUCAACUAGAGGGCUAUAAUCGGGAACUUGCUCUGCAUCAGCCACUUUGGGUGAUUGAAGAGCUUGUGAAUCCUAUAUCAUUGGCAUCCCAACGCCAUUUCACAAAAUGGGUUGAUAAGCCAGAAUUUAUAUUUGCUCUUGUCUACAAGAUCACCAGGGAUUAUGUUGACUCUAUGGAUGAGUUAUUGCAACCACUGGUUGAUGAAGCAAUGUUAACAGGGUACAGUUGCAGAGAAGAAUGGAUUUCAGCAAUGGUAUCUUCCUUAUCAACAUACUUGGCAAAAGAGAUAUUCCCAAAAUAUGCUGGACAACUGGAUGAAGAUAGCGUAACGGGUAGUCAGUCACAGGCUAGAAUAUCCUGGCUUCAUCUUGUUGACUUGAUGAUAUCGUUUGAUAAACAAAUCAAGUCUCUGAUAGAACAUUCUGGAAUCUUGCUUUCACUUCAGGAUGAUGGGAACUUCUCAAAGGUUUCUUCUCUAUCUGUUUUCUGUGAUCGACCAGAUUGGCUUGAUUUAUGGGCAGAGAUAGAAUUAAGUGAUAUACUAGAAAAGUUGAAACCUGACACUAGUGAUGAGAGAAAUUGGACCAUGAAAGUCCAAGGAGCAGUUCUUUUAUCUGCUACUGAAGAUUACAAAGCUCCUGCAGUUUGCAGUGCCUAUCUUCGUUGUCUAUCAUCUGUGGUUGAUCGUUGUCGAUCAUUGCCUAGCAUCUCUAUGAGGUCCAGGUUUCUCAGAUUAGCUGCGGUACCUAUUAUACAAAAAUUCUUGGACUGCUUACUCGUCAGGUGCCAAGAAGCUGAAGGUUUGACUGCCUUGACGGAUGAUGAUGCCCUAGUUAAAGUUGCAAACUCCAUUAAUGCUGCUCGCUACGUCGAAUCUGUUUUAAAGGAAUGGUGUGAGGACGUCUUUUUCCUUGAGAUAUGGUCAGGUCAAAGUGAUCAGCUGGGAAUAUCAGUUGGUGAUCAAAAUGGUAAUGUAGAACCAGUGGAAGGUCUUGAAAGUGGUAUUUUCUAUGAGGAGAUUGUAAAGUUGGAGGAGUUUAGAAUAGAAUGGGCUGAAAAAUUGUCUGUUGUUAUAUUGAGGGGAUUUGAUGCUCAAUGUCGAGAUUAUAUGAAGAACAGGAGGCAGUGGCAGGAAAAGAGUGAGGACGGUUGGACAGUGUCCAAAUUUUUAGUUGGUGCUCUAGAUUAUUUGCAAGGUAAAAUGUCAGUUGUAGAAAAUGGUUUGAACGGGAUAGACUUUGUUGGGGUGUGGAGAAGUUUGGCAGUUGGGAUAGAUCGCUCAUUUUUCAAUGGUAUUCUAAUGAGCAACGUGAAGUUUUAUGAUGGCGGAGUUGAGAGGUUUGGCAGUGAUUUGGAGGUUUUAUUUGGGGCAUUUGGAGCUUGGUGUUUGAGACCUGAGGGCUUUUUCCCCAGAGUAAGUGAGGGCUUAAAGUUGUUGAAGAUGGAAGAAGAGAAACUUCAAAAUAGUUUGGCAGGAGGUGAGAAAUGGAUGAAGGAGAAUGGGAUUAGACAUUUGAAUGUACCAGAUGUAGAGAAGAUUGUGAAGAGUAGAGUCUUUACCAGUUGA